AUGGACACAUUGGAGAAUCUAGAGUGGAUACUACUUGAUCGAUAUCAACAGACUGAUGGUCAUCCACUAUUCCUAUUCAAUAGUCGAGGCAAUGAUGUGUCGGAGCAGACCGAUAGUGUCACAUCCAAGUUCGAGAUCUUGUUCCCCAAGAGAAAGACCAGGUGCAUUGUAGACUCAAACAUCAACAGUAGGCAUCGUCCACAGAUAUUCUAUCAAGAGCAACAUAAUGGAGUCAUGACCACUGUACAAAGCAUGUUAGUUGAUGGUUCAAACUCUUUGUUACUAUUCAAUCGAGCUCAUGUACUAUAUCACUCCUCUUCAGAGAAGUCAAACUCCACAUCAUUGAUCACUCAUGACAAUGACAAGCUUGUUAUCACCUCAUCGUCAUCACAAGCUGAUAUCCCCGAUCAACAAACAACAACAUAUCGAUUGAAUGGUACUAUCCUAAAGAUGACCGUUGUCGAUAGCACUUUAAUAUGUUUACAUAGUGGCGUGCUAUCCUUUGUAUGCUUGACAUCAUUGAUCGAGCAACAAAAGUUAAAGUUGAUUGAUCCUCCAACAACAAUGCGUCUUCCAAACAAUGUAAUCACAUAUUCAAACGCAAGGAACUCAUCAACAGAUGGAUCAUUGGUCAACUUCUCAUUGUUAACACAAUCUGGAAGAUACAUCUCCUUUAUACUAAAGUUGAUGGGUAGUGGCCAGCAACAUUCUUCAAACCAGCCAUCAUUAUCAAAGUGGCCAAAGUACACUACAUUGUUGAUAUCAAUGCGUGAACGACAUCAACGUGUUGUCAAACAGAUUGAAUGUGCUGACAAGAGUCUCAUGGAUAUCAACCGACUUAUCACAAUGUUGUCUCGAAAGCCCUUUGCACAGGCCUCCAAGCGGCCCUUCUCCUGCAGGAUCACACCCCUGGUCUCUCCCCUGAUUAGUGUUCAGAGUGGAGCACCAUCAUCAUUCUUCCGAUUCACCGUCACCAAUCACACCAACCACGAGUUUGACUCAGGUUGGAAGCUGUCCAUUCGAUACGUUCACUCUGACUUCCCCUUGGAGUACACGACCACCCUCUCACAUCCUAUUCACCUUCAUGCCAACUCCUCCACAAGCUUUGAGUUGCCCAUCAACUUUACAUUGAUUAACAAGAUUACGUUCACAGUAUUCCUCACGAUGGUACUACGCAAUGACACAUCAUCAACAACAACAACAGCAUGCUCGACCAACAAUACAUGUUGUUUGUUCAUUGAUGAGAAAACAUUCCACAUGUUGGAUCAUGUAAAGUUCAAACCUGUGGCGCAACAAGUUGAAGGGGCAGCAGUACCAUCAUCUCCCUCCAACCAUCAUCAUCAUUCUUUUGGCAAUACAAUGACUACUUUGGAAACAUUGUUCAAGAUGUUGAUGAUGGGUAGUGGCCCAUCGAUGGCGGACAAUGAUGGCUUGGCUCAAUCAAACACACAACAUCUUAAGUUAUCAUUCCCAAUACGAAGUUAUCAGAUGUUGUCCAAGCCCGACAUUAACCAACUUCUUCACAUCUUCAACUUCGUGUUUGACAGAGAUAUUGCCACAAUCUAUCCACAACAAAAGGAUCAAACUUCCAACUCACUAGAGUUGUUCAUACCAUCAGUUAUGAGCAACAAUAACAAGAACACAACCAAACUCAGUGUCAAUAAUGUAUCUGGCAAGAGUUACUCUGUACACAUCACAACACAAGCCAGUGUUCCAAGAGAGACCAAGCAUCUGAUCUAUCAAUCAAUCUUAUUGCGCAGCAUAUAUGGUGAGAACUUGCCAAUCAACGAAGAUCAGUUGAAUGCAGACAUAAUAUUCUUCAAAGAAAAGAUCAAGGUGAUUGUCGCAAAGAAGGUGUCUUUGAAGAAGUGGAUAAGCGAUUGGUACGCAAGCAAGUUGUUCAGUAGUGAUUGUGCUACUUUGGAGCUAUCCUCCAUUCCAGCACUGAUCGAUCAAAACUUCCAGACUCUCCAGAAGAUACAAGAGUCAUUCGAGUCGCUUGUAAUCAUAUAA